AUGGUUGAUCUCAAGUCCAAGCUGCGAGCCAGGCUUUCCAGGAGGAAUUCUGGCAUCCCCUUGCUCACAUCCAGCAAGAGCUACAGCGGCACCGGCAACCAUGGCAGCAUCAACAGCCCCAACGACGACGCCAAAAGCGACAAGAACCUUGCAUUGGAGAGCGUGCGGCCGACAUCAUCGGUAUCUGCUAAUACCAUCUCCGGCGCUGACGGAAGAGGAGGCCGGGAGCCGAAGCGGGUAGGAGGCGGAGGAGAAGCUGCUGGCGGGUCGGGAACGGGAGCGGGAGUUGGAGCCGCAAACGCUGCGCCCGGGGAACACAAGGAAAGGGCAUCGGGGUUCUUGGCUCUCUUGACCGGGGCGAGCCACAGCGCAAGGACAGGAUCGCGACAAGCCGCCUCUCCGAAACAACCUGCACAGAGCAUCCAGAGCGUUGACGACGCCCAGCACACGCCCGAGACACCAAGUGCUACAACAACCGGGGAGCAGGGAGAAGAAAGCAGACUGAAACAGCACGAAUCGAACACCAACGACACCAAUGGCGACGGUCUCAACAGAGGCGGCGGCGACAAGGGCGAAGAUGCGGAUCUCGACGUCUUUGCCCAGGCGCCUGCGGGUGCUGGUGCUGGUGCUGGAGCUGCCUCUGGGUCCGGGCACAUUGACAGCGGCAGCACCCGUGGCACUGACAAUGACAGCAAUUGCGACACAGGAAGCUCACACGCGAAAAGCGCCCAGAAUGCUGCCGACAAUGCUGCCGCGGCAGGUGCUGCAACCAAUGCAACCGACGCUAAAGCUCCCAGCGGCCAGCCACCUGCAAGCUCUGUAACGAAUCGCACUGCCCCUGGUGCAGGCUCCGACUGGACAUCCGCUAGCGAUCUGCGGCGGGUCUCAAUUAGCAGCGCAAGAGUUUCCAGCCUUGCCAGUAUCCACGAGGAUGAUGACCUUGCGCAUACCGCUGCCGGUGACGAACCUCUACCGCCUCCGACAACAUCCACACUACUUCCCACAUUAACAAUUGAUGCCGCCUCGCCUGAUGCCACCACUCCAACAAACACAAAUCCGAAUCCCAUUGAAAAUUCCCAUCAUCAGCCGCUCGCUGGCACCGCGACUCAAUCUGCCACUCCCACCACCGCCGUUUCCGAUAUUGUGCGCAGGAUCUGCCUGAUUGACCCGGCUGUAAAUUUGUCGUCCUCCCAGCCUCCGACGCCUGCACCACUCGCGACACCUGCCGCUCCAUCGCCGUCCAUUGUUACGUUCAACUCGGUCGCGCCUCUUUCGCCGGCUGGUACCGUACCCCUUAGCCCAAGCGCAGAAACUCCCUCAAACGCGACCUUCCCCUUUUCGACCUCGACUCCUGCCAAUCUUAAUUCCAAUCCGCCGUCUACAAACCCCACUGCCACCCCGGGUAGCCCUACCACCACGCGCCCAUCGUCGACCGUUCCCACGCGGCCCUCGGUCCCACCGAGACGUCAGAGUCUUUUGCCCAGUCGCCAGACGACUCUCAUUCGGACGCUCCUCGACGCGAACCAGACCGAUGAACUCGACACCGGUGCCAACACCAACGAUAACCUCCUUCCUAUAAGCGCCGCCAUGGUGACGCGAAAGAUCUGGGUCAAGCGGCCGGGUAGCUCCGCAACCCUCGUCACUAUCAAUGAAGAGGACUUGGUCGAUGACGUGCGGGACAUGAUCCUCAGGAAAUAUGCCAACUCCCUAGGCCGCCAGUUCGACUCCCCCGACUUGACCCUGCGGAUAGCCCCCAGGGAGUCGCAAAGACAGGAGCGUGUGUUGGGGCCAGAAGAGCCAAUGGCCCGGACCUUGGAUGCAUACUUCCCCGGAGGCCAGACAGUGGAUGAAGCUCUCGUCAUUGACAUUCCGCCCCGUCGCACACCAAAGGAAUCACCUAGGGCCGGCCCUCCGCAUGCACCUCACGGCUUGCCCACGUACUAUGAAGAGACACUCAGACCGUCGGAAGGAGGUACCGAUUAUUUUGGCCCUGGAGCUCUUGCCCAUAUACCCUCCGACAGAGGAGGCCCUGUCAUGACUGCACCUGUUAAUGGCACGACGCAGUCACAUCCUCAUACCAUAUCUGUUUUGGGAACAGGACACAUACCCCAAGUCCCCUCUCCCGGAGGGACACGGCCCCGCCAGUACCGCGAACGACCAGACCGCCCUCGCCUGGGCAGGCAGCAUACAUCGUCGCCCACGAUUCUUAACGUAAUUGGAGCCACAGGUCACGCCGCCCCGAUUCCGGUGGCUUCGGCAAAUCAUGAACAAUCCACGACCGGUGCCGUCUCCGUCCCCCCGGCGUCUGCUUCGCAUGCGCCUCAUGUUCCUCCAGCACCACCCUUGCCUACUCCGCCAGCUGCUGUGCAAGAGUCGGUCCCGGCUAUCCCGACACAGCACCCAGUCACUACUCCCCCAGCCAGAGUGGCUUCCCCUCGGCCUACGACAUCAAUGGCAAUAAGACCAAAGAAAAAGAAAGCCACUCCCGACCAUACGCCCUUACCAGCAGGGAUGCUCAGUAGCGCCGUUCCGCCAAUUAACGUCUUGAUCGUAGAAGACAAUAUCAUUAACCUUAAACUCCUUGAGGCUUUCGUCAAGCGACUCAAGGUCCGGUGGCAGACCGCUAUGAACGGACGUGAAGCUGUCAAUAAGUGGCGCAAGGGAGGGUUCCACUUAGUGUUGAUGGAUAUCCAGCUGCCCAUCAUGAGUGGCCUGGAAGCGACUAGGGAGAUCCGAAGGCUCGAACGCAUGAACUCGAUCGGUGUGUUUUCCAACAGCAACAAUGGAGGAAACAAUGGCGAAAAUUCUGGUGGCGAUCCCGACGUAAUGCCGGAGGAGGACAAACUUGAGAAUAUUGAGCUUUUCAAGAGUCCCGUCAUCAUCGUGGCACUUACGGCGAGUUCGCUGCAGAGUGAUAGACAUGAGGCCUUGGCGGCGGGUUGCAAUGAUUUCUUGACCAAGCCCAUCACCUACAUUUGGCUGGAACGUAAAGUCAUGGAAUGGGGCUGCAUGCAAGCCCUUAUCGACUUUGACGGUUGGAGAAAAUGGAAAGAUUUCGGGUCCGGCAAUGGCGAGGACAAAAAGGAUGCCGUCGCGUCUAAGGACGGCAGCGGAACAGGUCUUAAGAAAGCCGUUGCCAGACCGAAGAGGAAACCGACUGCGCAAAAGGAGCUUGUCACAAGCCCACACCUCACAGCACAAGCGGCGCCGCCUUUAGAGGUGCCACAUACCACCCAGACGAAUCAGCCCUCGAGCGACGAUAAGUGA